UACUACACUUACUGUAGACGUGGUCUCAACGGGUGCACAUGCAUCUGACAAUAUAUUCGCCGUAAGUCCAGCGAACCUUCUGUAAUACGUGCGAUAUUAAAAGACAGUAAAAGAAAUAGAUGCUUGUAAGAAAUGACGGGUUGUGCGAUAGCAGGAUGUAAAAACAGAAGCGAGGACGGUUUCUACAUGAGACGAUUCCCACAGGAUAAGGAAAUACAAAAACUGUGGUUAUAACAAAUCGGAAGAAACAAUUGGAAACCGAAACGUUAUACAGCAAUUUGUGAGGCUCAUUUUGCAGAAGAAAUGUGGAAGAAAACACGACAGGACGGAAGUAAAAAAUUAAAGAUAAAAGCAAUACCAACAAUGUUUUCUGUAUAUAACGAUAAACGUGAGGUAACCACUACAAGCAUUAUUACAAUCCCUGCACAAAAUAAUUCAUGUUUGUCGAGUAUUGACAUUCAAGAUGUACAUGACCAGGCGUACAUUGCAAUAAUCAUUUAGUAUCAGCAAAUAAUAUACAAACUACAUCAUCAACACUACCUACAUUAGACAGUGCUAUGACACAAAUAUCAUUAUUACGAAGACAACUGCAACAUAAGGAAAAAGAAGUACAACAAAUGAAGCAAAAACUUUAUGAUGUCAAUCAAGUACUUCGCAAAUGUGACAAAACACAGAAGACUCUGAUGAAUCGUAUUAGACGGCACAGAAGUACACAUAGGCUGCGUGUAGAAAAUAGUUUGUUACAGUCAAGACAGUUACUUCAAACAGUAUUCAACUCUGAUCAAAUUCAGUGGCUGCAGUCGAAACCGAGCAGGCGACGUGCGUACAAGUGGUCCAAACCAACCAUCAAAAAAGCGCUUAGGAUACGAUUCUCAUGCACUAAUAGUGGCUAUCAAGAGCUAAUCAAACAGAACAUCCCAUUGCCGUCAACGCGUACUUUAAGAGAAAGUCUUGAAGGUUUCAACUUUAGCCCGGGAAUAUUAAGUGACAUUUUUUAUGCCAUGAAAGAAAAAGUGUUACAAUUUGAAGAUGACAGACAACGUGAUUGCAUCCUUGGUAUUGAUGAAAUGUCUCUCACUCCUGGAGAACAACCCGAUCCUUCUGCAACUUCCACUGUAGGAUUGUCUACUAUUCCCAACAAUCAUGGUAACUCAUAAACAUUUUAAUGUUAUUGUACAGGAAAUUUCAUUUAUUCUGUUCAAUGUAAUAAUUUUGUACUUUGUCUUAUUAACUAUACUAACUAUUGUAACAGUUUUAUUAUUGGAAGGCUAAUCCCUGGUAGCACAUGUUCAUUUCAUAUACGUUGUUUAGAUGUAUGUAUAUACUUAUCAAAACAUGAAGGAUAAAGAAAAACUGGUUUUAAAGAAACCUGUGAGAAACUGGUUUGAUCUAUCAAGUGUAAAACAUAUUAUUUACAUUUCUAUAUAUAGUUAGGAACUGUUUUAUAACGUUUCUAAAACGGUAUUUAAAACAUAGCGUUUGUCGCAAAAACAACAUUGCAGUAAACAUUUAUCGAAUGGAUUUAUAAAUAAAUAAACUUAUGAAUGGAAUUAUGAAUAAAUAUGUAAAACAUAUUGCCCUUUUCCGAAGUCUGUUUUUCAUGAAGUGGUAAUUCGGAAUCUGCUAGUUUAUUUAUCUGUAAUUGUUCUUAUCAUAUUCAAAUAGCAGAAAUAUUACAGUGAACAGAGUAAAAGCAAUACUCUGUACAAUUUCAUUAUCUUGAAGAGUAUCCCAGUAUUUCAAUAUAAUCAUGAUAAUAUUUAUAGUUUACUAGUAUAUAGUAUAUAUGUAUAUACAUUCUGUUUUGAAGGAGAAAAGUACAAGCUACGCAUGGAUUAGUUUUCAUGCUCGGCGGUAUAUUGUGCCGAUGGAAACAGGUUGUAGGUUAUGAAUUAACGCCUGCUGGAUAUGAUGGUGCACAUUUAAAACCUCUUAUUGAAAACAUUAUUAAAGCAGCUGAAAAUAUAGGUCUGCGUGUGCAGAGCGCUAUAACUGACAUGGGAGGCAUUAUUCAAGCGAUGUGGAGAAGUUUUUCUAACAUUGGUGUUCAUAGAUAUUCUGCUAUAUACAAUUCUAUACCAUACCCAGUAGAUUGUAAUCGCAAAUUAUUUUUCUUUGCGGAUGGACCACAUCUUCUGAAAAACCUUAGAGCCGCUAUUAUCAAUAAUAAGCUCAUUGCGUUGCCACAAACAUUUACUAAAACGCGUCAACUAUCAUCUCAUAUUGUCACAGUUUCACAUUUAGAAGAAUUAGUGAAGGAACAAGAGAAUUUAGAUUUAAAACUAAUCCCAAAAUUAAACAAAGAUAGUAUUACCGUUACACGCUUUAAUAAAAUGAGAGUAAACAAAGCCAUACAUAUUUAAUAAUGAUGUGAGUGGUACGCUUCAUUUGUUAAGUGAAGAACAAAAUUAUACAGAAUAUUCUACAACAGCAACAUUCAUUGAUAUUGUUAGUAAAUGGUUUCAUCUCAUUA